AUGUCAAAUUGUUGGAACCGUGGACAGCCAAAGUGCCACAAUUGCAACAAAUUUGGGUACAUUGAGAAGAACUGCAGAUUCAAGAAAGCAAACCAAGCAAAUUUUUCUGAAAGCAAGAAUGAUGAUGAUGGAAACGAAAACUUGUUCUCUACUUGUUUAUCUGCCCUUGAGGAAAAAGAAAGCAUCUGGUAUCUUGACAGUGGAUGCUGUAACACCCCGACCCCAAAUUAUCCCAUGUUUUAA